AAGGUUGGGAAUCCGUUUGAAGUCGCCGUCAAAACUUAAUCGAGGGGGCACUGAUCGGUCCGCCGAUCUCCGCCGUCGUAUCUUUUUCCCCGGCUGUGUUAUUGAAGCUAAAGUAAAUUUGUAAUGCAACCAGCAAUUUACAUUGCGGUUCAUAUGCUGUUACGGGCUUGAAACAUGGCUUGAUCACAGUCGGUUUAAGCGGAUUCCCCUUCCGGGAUUGAUAAAAACUGUGAUUGUUUUGAGGGUCGGUGUUUUUUUAUUCUGUUGUGUUUAUUUCUCCUUUUGUGUUGAUUAAAGAGUAAUGCUGGACUCCAGGGAAGGUUCUAGUGUGAAGGGGUACGGUUAAGGUUCUGGGGUUAAACCUGGGACUAGACUUUAGUCAGGUGGUCCAGAUGGAAGAAGAUACUGAACUCGAGGAAGGAGAGGCUCGCUAUAAUAACGAAGAUGACAACAACAUUGACAUUGAUUCUCUCUCUUACAUUGACGAGAGAAUUCAGCAUGUCCUGGGCCAUUUUCAAAGGGACUUUGAAGGUGGUGUUUCUGCUGAGAAUUUGGGUGCCAAGUUUGGUGGCUAUGGCUCCUUCUUACCUACAAUUGAGUGUCCUUGUCUUCUCUCUCAUUCAGAAACUCUGCAAAGAAACCAUAACCCACCAGUAUCCCCAAAAAAGCCUCACAACGUAGAGGCUGUACCUGAUAACUCAAAAUCAUCUUCUAUCAUAACCCCAUCCAUGUGUCUUAAAAUUGGUUCUGGUAGCAUUCAGUCAUGCCAUACUUUAAAAGCACCUAAAGUUGAUGAUUCAAUGAAGAAAGAUGUUGAAGUUUCUUCCAAUGAAGUAGCUGACAGGUUCCCUUUUAAAGAUGAUAGUGCAAAUAAAUCAGGAAAAUCAACUGACCAGAGAACACUGAAGUUUCGAAUAAAAAUGAAGUCUAAUAUGUCAGCGCAAAACAAUGCUGCGAUUUAUAGUGGUCUUGGGCUUGAUAACACCCCAUCUUCAUCGAUGGGGAACAGUCCUGAUGAAAAUGAAGGCAUGCUUGCUCCAUCUCAAGAGACCUGCGAAGAAUCUCCAACUGCCAUUAUUCAGGUUAUGAGUUCUUUCCCUAUUCCUGGAGGUGUGCUAUUGUCACCUUUACAUGAGACUCUACUCUACUUGAUGAGAAAAGAAAAUGUUCUUGGAGAUAGAAAUCCAAUGUCUUCACAUAAUGUUUCUCAAGAACAUUGUUCUCGUUUUGCUGAGUCAGAUUCUCUUAUGAGGGAUGAACAGUUGUUGAAUAAGAGGAACGUGAGAAUUGUGGGUCAAAGUAAAAAGCAGUUGGAAAUGAAGCGUAAAAAUGGCAAUGGUUUUGAGAAGAAAAUUACAUUGCAUAAAACAAAAAUAUUUGAAAAUAAAACUCCACGCCAUAAGGACCUUCUCUCUAGUGGCUUGAAAUGCACACCUCUAUCAAGUUUUUGUGAUGCUGGUGAAGUUAAUGGAGUCGCUGGAAAGGCUUCCGGAGUUUCAAUGGAAGUCAGUGAGGAUGCAAUGAAAGCCAGAACGGUAUUCAGUGAGGCAGUUAAGGGGGAGUCAUUGGAGUCAAUAUCUGGUCAGGAUUUUGACAGGACUGAAAAGCAACACGCAGGAAAUAGUUUUAUGGAAAAUGUUUCUGAGCAUAAAGCUAAUUCCCUCAAGGAUAACUGUACUGACUCUAAGAAUGGUGGCAAGUGUAAAGCUAACUUGAGUUUCAAGAAAAUUGAGUGUGAUGCCAUACAAUUUAAGGUACAUCAAGAUUCUCACAAUCACCAUACUAAUCAAAAGGGAGAACCAGUAUUUGAGGGCAAGGAUAACUCUAAAGGGGAUCACAGUUCCAGUAAAGCUGUGGCUAUUGGGGGAAAAGACAAUUCAGGAGCGGGUAAUAAUGCAUUGAAAACUGAUAAAAAGAGGAAAUCAUUUGGUGUUACUUCUUGUAAAAGUCAAAUGCAUAUAACAAAAUCCUUGAAGGAUUAUAAGGUCAGAGAUAGUAAUGGAGAGUCACUGAAAGAGAACAGUGUAGAACAUCCUUGGCACAGGGCUAUAGCAAGUGUUAACUGUGAUAAUGCUGAGGGACGUAGUGCUUAUAGGAUUAAAAUAAAGGAAAGACCAAGUGGCAAAAAAAUGGGUGAUCAGUUAAUAUCUGAGCUGAGCUCAUGUCCUAUUGCAGAAAAGAAAACUGCUACUGAGAUGGCACCAGCACCAGUACCUCAAGAUGAUUGGGUAGGUUGUGACAGCUGUGAGAAAUGGCGGCUUCUACCUUUGGGUGUUAAGCCAGAGCAGCUACCUGAAAAAUGGCUAUGUAGCAUGCUAAAUUGGCUGCCUGGAAUGAAUAGGUGUGAUAUCAGUGAGGAGGAGACAACAAAAGCAGUUUAUGCAUUAAAUCAAAUGCCUAACUCUGGGAGUCAAAAUAAUCAACAAAGCCAUGCCUCUGGAACUGCAAGUGGAGCGAGUUCUGCUGGUCCCCUCCACUCUGGCAUGAAUCGCCAGAAAUCCAAUUUUGAUGUAAUGUCUGGUCGAGGAAAGAAGAAGCAAGAUUUUAGGGAUGAGACUAAGGCAGGAAUCAAUAGUGACGCAUUUGUGUUUUCAAAAUCCUUAGAAAUCGAUGCUCAAGAAUCUGGACAAACUAGAUUGUUAACUGACAUGAGCCAGUGUCCUGGUAACUCAAGCUCAAUGGGGAAAUCCAGUGAUCAAUGUUUGAUCAAGUUGAACAACUUGAAUGAGGAGAAGCACAUGCCUAACGAGAAAGUAAAACAAGUGAAGAGAGGUGAUAAAAAGAAUAUACAAUUGAGAUGUGGAAUAGAGGCUAUAUCUGGAGCAUCGAAAAGGUCUAAGACUGAAGAUGUUCACUACUCUGAUGGUCAUCUGAAUCGUGGCACGGAUCAAGAUAUGGUGGAGCCAAUUUCAAGAAAAUGUUCAUCAAUGAAGGUUAGCUGGAAGUGUAUUGAGAAAUAUGGUAACUAUUGUUUAUCUGAGGAUACAAAGGACAAGUCAGUAGUUCCUCCCAAGAAACUAGAAGAUCAAGCUCAGGUCUUGUCAAGUAGUGUGGCCCUGGGUGAAGUAAACGUUAGCAACGAAGAUGAAUCAAUGAAGAAAAGGAAACUGAAGGACUGGAUGGAUGAUAAGAAACAGAACAAUUUGUUGUCCAGGCAGGAUUGUGGGCAGUAUCGUGAAGAAGGCAGUGUAAGUGGAUUUAGGAAGGAAAGGAAGCGUAGAGUUCUGAAGACUCAGAUAAAUUCAGAUGCUGAAGGAGACAUUGAAUUUGACCAAAAAGGUGGAAGGAGCCGAAUUUGCCUGUCAGGAAGUAGGGAUGACAUGGAUGUUGAUACAGAAGAAAUUGGAAAUAGUGAUAAGGCCCAGCAGCGAAGGAAGCAUAAAAUAAAGGUUGCAUCUCAGCGUGCAUUGGAUUGUAAUGAUCCACUGGGUAGGGAUUUAAGAUCUGAACAGCUUUCAUCGGCAGCAACUUCAAGCUCUUCUAUGAUUUCAGGGUCCUAUAGAGUGAGAACUAACUUUCAAGAUGUUAAAGUUUCACCAGUAGAAUCUAUUACCUCAACGCCUUUGAGGACCUCCAACUUAGACAAGCUAAUAUUUGCAGAAAGGGACACUUCGGGGAAGGAUGCUUCCAGGAAAGGUGAUCUCUCUUCUAUGAGUUCUAGGGGUAGCAAGGAGGAAAAGAAGUUAAUGGAAAGAAAGAAGAAAGUUUUAGAUGACUUGCUUCCUGAACAGAACCAAAUUUAUUCAACUGAAUCUUUGGCUGAGGAUGGUAAACCCAAAGUUCCAGCUAAAACUUCUGAAGUUAGGCAUGACCAUUUGCUUAGUGGUGGUAAUCAUGCUAUAGAUCAUGGCAACUGUGUUAGUGGUACACUUCAUGAAGAUGGAGUGAACAAGAACAGUGGUCUUAGCUCUUGUGAAUCUGGUCCUGAGGCAAGAAAUGAUGUUAAAUUCAAAUUUCCUGAGCCUAAACAUGAAAUUGACAAUAUUAGUAAUAAAAAUUCAGUGAGAAGUUGGUCGAGUGAAGCUGGAAUGAAAAUUAGGCUAAAGCCAAAAGACUUCGAGAAUUCAGUUCUCAAAGUUGACAUUCCAUGUACCACUAAAAGAAGUAUUGUCUCCCGGCGGAAUCUGAGUCAAAACUUUGAGAAAGAAGACAAAGCUGAUUGUUUAUACACAGAAUUAACAGAUGGGAAAUUGAGAACUCUCUCAUCUUCAGAUUGUGAGGUAAGAAGGGAGACAUUAUUUGUGAGUUCCAGAACUGGCCCUGAGGCUCAAAAGGGUUAUAUGUUUAAUGGGCAUUCAGUCCAUGCCUCUGGCAAUAGUGAUCUCACCAAGUUAUUAAAAAGUUCUGCUGAUGCUAGAAGCAAGGUCAGAGUUGGUUGCAAUUCAGGAAGUUUUGCACCUGAUCAACCCCAUAUGUCGAGCCCCGUGAGAUCGAAUUCUAGCCUAACUGCCUCUGUGACCCUGGAUGAAGCCACAAAAAUAAAAGAUAUGGCAGAUAAUUUUAAGAACUCUGGAUUUGAGUUUGAAAGUAAUGAGACUUACUUUGAAGCUGCCUUGAAGUUUCUUCAUGGUGCAUCACUUUUAGAAUGUUGUCAUAAUGAGGGUAGCAAGCAUGGGGAGAUGAGUCAAAUGCAAAUCUAUGCUACUACAGCUAAACUUUUUAAAUCCUGUGCACAUGAAUAUCAAAGACGCCAAGAAAUGGCUGCAGCUGCUUUGGCAUAUAAAUGCAUGGAGGUGGCGUGCAUGAGAUUGGUUUACUGUAAACAUUCUAGCGCAAACAGGAUGUGGCACGAGCUGCAAUCAACUUUAAAUAUGGUUCCUCAAGGUGAAUCUCCUUCGUCGUCUAUAUCAGAUGUUGAUAGCUUAAUCAAUCAGGCAGCAGUGGAUAAGACUACCUUGUCCAGGAGUACUGGUAUUCAUUUUGCCGCUAACCAAGUCAUCUCUGUGCAAAAUCACUCAACUUUCUUCCACCUUCUUGACUUUACUCAGGAUGUAAAUUUGGCAAUGGAGGCUUCUAGGAAAUGCCAAAGCACCUUUGCAGCCGCUAGUACAUUUAUGGAAGCAGCAUCGAAUAAGGAAUAUAUAGCCUCUAUUAGGAGGGUUAUUGACUUCAGCUUCCAGGAUGUAGAUGAGCUUGUACGUCUGGAUGCUGAGCUUCUGGGCAUUUCUGUGCUUUUCAUUGAAAUCUUAGUUCUGUCUCUCUCUGUCUGUGUGUGUGUGGUUAUUGGUCAUAUGGGUCAUGCCGGUUCUUGGGAUGAAAAGAAGGUGCUUGGAUAUGUAGGAUAUAACGGUGAUAAUUGGAGUCUGAUUAAUUGUUUGUGGUAAGGAAGAACUGUCAGCAAGUUAAGGUGCCCUCUGAUUUCGGUUGACUUUCUCUAGCCCUUAAUAUUAGAUGACUAAAGAUGGAAUUGGCUUUGUACAAAAGGGGCAAGAGAUUGGCAAUGGCUGCACUAACAAUGUUGAUGGGAAUCAUUGUUUUGGGUUGUGUUAUUUGUGGAUUGGAAUGCCAAUUGACUCGUUUAAUUGUAGAAGGGGACCAUUCUUGCAUUGUUGGUUGAAUUGUACAGUGCUGUUGUAGGUGUUAAAGCAGCAGACAAUUGGAAUUUUCAGCAACUGUAGUGGGAUUGUGUCUGCAGACCGCAGGUUUGAAUUGUAACUACUUGUUGAAAUGGUCCCCUGGUGAAUGGUGGUGAUGUAAUUUUAUACAUUAAUAAUGAGAUGAA